CACGUGAACGGGGAUCGAUAGAUCAUCGAAGGCAUCGAGCUCUAGCUAGCUAGAGGAUAGUUUGUGACUCUCUGCCACCCUUCUCGAUAAAUAUAUUCCCUUCUCCUUCCUCGACCGUGAGAGAGGCAGACGCGGGGCCGUUCCUGAUCUCCGGACGGUCGUCACAGAGACGGGAAGAGGUCCAAGAUGUCGCUCUUCGGUCUCCCGGAGGAAGACGAGGAGCAGUUCAUGCCCACGGGCGGCAGUUCGGGACUAGCGACUAUAUUCGGCGCCAGUAAAGCCAUGGACAAGUCUGGGAACUCCUCAUUUCAGUACAAGGCUCCAACUCAACCCAAGAAACAGAAGAAAGGAUCGGGAUCAGGACCAGAGACUCACCAGCUGUUGGCCGCAGCUGCCGUGGACACUCAGAAACAGUGGGUGGAGCCAAUCCCCAAACUUAUCAUUCUCUCUUUCUCUCUCCCAUCUGUGUGUGUCUAGUGUGGAUGGGAAGUAUGUACCUCAAGGGAAGAUUGGAGUCUGCGUGUUGGGUCUCCACUCUGCUAAAGAUUACAAGUUGCUUCUCUAUGUGACCCAGAGCAAGCACAUUACCUCAGCCAAGAUAGAGGCCUCCUUUGCCUUCACUGUACAGCGAAAUCACUAUGCCAGUUUCUAUGACGACCAGAGGCAGGCGUGGUCUCUACAUUUCGCCUCCGAGGAAGACGCUGUCAAACUGGCCAAAGAAGUGGCAGUGUGUAAAGCUCUGACGGCUGGGAGCUCAGUGUCUCUCAUCAAACAGGACCUCGUUGUGGGGGAGGGGCCGGCAGUGGAUAAGGGAGAUUCCGUUGACGUCAAGUACACUGGUUGGCUCUUUGAAAAUGGCAUUGGAAAAAAAUUUGAUGGAAACACAGACAGUGACAAAAGCUUCAAAUUCAAAGUUGGAAAAGGCAAAGUCAUCAAGGGAUGGGACGAGGGGAUGGUGGGGAUGACAAAGGGAGGAAAGAGAAUUCUGGUCAUUUCUCCAGCUCUUGCUUACGGCUCACAGGGUGUGAAGGACAGGAUCCCGCCGGGAGCUGUUCUGGUCUUUGAGGUCGAACUGAGGAAACUGAAACUGGGCAAGGAAACGAGAGGCCGAGGUCGCCACGGAAAUACUGGAGCCUCCCCCACCCUCACCUCCGACCUCCCGAGAGAGAGGAGGCAGUGUGAAGGAGAUGACUCAGUCAUUCGAGGACCACCUCACCGCGCCCUCCGAGGAGACGGAGGAGAACCAGCGCAGCAAACUCCUCUCAAAGAUGUCACGACUUGGAGGACAGGCAAUACUCCCUCCCGGAACCAUGCCGACUCACCACGUGGAGGCUGAAGAGCAGCCAGCAGCCCCAGCUGCUUCCCAGCCUGGAAUGAUGACAUCACAACCUGGGAUGAUGACAUCGCAACCUGGGAUGAUGGCGGGACAGCCUGGAAUGAUGACUGGUCAAACAGGAAUGAUGGCGGGUCAAACAGGAAUGAUGACAGGUCAAACAGGAAUGAUGCCAGGGUCAAACAGGACUGAUGGCGGGUCAAACAGGAAUGAUGGGUGGUCAAACAGGACUGAUGGGUGGUGGACAGCAGCCUGGGAUGAUGAAUGGAGGAAUGAUGGGAGGAGGGAUGAUGUCACAGCAACUGGCUCUAUAUAAUCCCCACCAGAGCAGACCUCCAUUCAUGAACCAGGGACCUUAUGGACCACAGUUUGCAGGUCAGACCACAAUGGGAUGGAGCGCGAGGGAGAGGCUGGACACAUACGGACGGGCCAAGACUCCCAAACCAUGCCCACACAUGUCCCAACAGCCACGCACCCCACUGCCCAACACAGCAGCCUACGGCUCAGGAUGCAGCCAGUGCCACGUUGCUAUCGGAGACCAAGCACCAAACAACAGAGGUGAGGGCGGAGCUUGGGAAACUCAGCGGAAAGGUCGACGAACUUCACUCCAAGCUGGACAAGUUGAGGGAGGAGGGACCAGGGGGCGGAGCUCUCGUUCCCGCAUCCAGACACACCCCCAACAUGGAGGCUGCCGUUCUGCUGCACAACAUCCAGCGAAUCAUGCAGGAGAACGAGCACCUGAAAAAGGAUAUGUUUGAGAAGAGUGCGAGGAUCGAGACCCAGAACCAGAAGAUAGCGGAGCUGCUGGAGCGGAACCAGCGCUACGUCGAGCAGAGCAACACCAUGCUGGAGCAGAGGAGUGACGCAUUCAAGUCGACGGCCACGUCCUCACAGGUCAAGGUCCUCCAGCUGGAGCAGGAGAAGGUGAACCUGACGUCAGAGUUGAGUACUCAGAUGGCCCACCUGAGCUCACUCCAGAUGGAGCUGACUGGCUCCCGACAGAGAGAGGCGGAGACUGAAGACACGGCUGGCAACUGCUGUCGCUGAGAACCAAAAGGUCGCCGAGAAUUGGACCUCACUCAAACAGAGCCAAGACGAGCUGCAGGGCCAGGUGAGCCAGAUGACGUCGGAUCUGAAGGAGGAGAGGGUGGCUGGGAAGAGGGUGAGGGCAGAGUUCCAGCAGCUGAGAGACGACCACGCCGAGCUGGUCGCAGAGAGAGACAGCCUCCAGAAGGUAAUGUCAGAGAGCAAGAGGAAGAUGGGAGAGGCCAAGCGGAGGUGGGAGGAGGAGGUCGAGGAGUUGAAGUUGGCCCACGAGACGGAGCUGUCUUCCCUCAGGGACCGCAUGAGGAAGGAGAAGAGCGUAGCGUCGUCGGCGACAACAGAGCAGCUGUCUCGCCUGGAGAGGGAGCUGGAGGAGCAGUGGAGGGGCCGGGCGGAGAGACAGGCCAGCUCCGCAGAGGAGAGGUGGAGGAGGAAGAUAGAGGAGAUGGUGGAGGAGAAGGGAUCUCUGGAGGAACAGCUGAAGGAGGCCUCUGCCAAGGUGGAGGCCCUGAGGAGGCAGGACAGCACUCAACGACUGCGUCAAGUGGAGGAGGAGCUAGCCGACGCCCGGGCGGAGCUCCAGGGAGCGAGGGAGAGGGAGGGGCAGGCGAGGGAGAGGGAGAGAGAGGCGAGACAGACAGCUGCCAAAGCUGAAGACAAGAGCAGUCAACUCGAGCAGCAGCUGACUGAGAGAUUGGCAGCUGCCAGAGAGGAGGGGUUCCAGGCCGGGCUCCAGGAGGCCACGCCCACUAGCUCCGCCCCCUCAUCUGUCGGGGAGGAGGAAGUGGGGAAGAGGGUCAAGAGCAUUAUGAACCACACCUACCAGAUAAUGGCAGAGAGACUCAAAACAAAGGAGGAGUUCCCGAGGUCAGAGGUCCUCUCGUUGCUCCUGGCAACCAUCAAGGAGAUUACUCUGAAGGCUUUGGCUUCACCGCAACAGUCUGGGACUGGGACACAGCUAGCAACAGCCAGGGACGAGAGAGAGAGUGAAGAGGAGGAGGAGGAAGAGGAGGAGGAAGAUGAAGAGGAAGAGGAGGAGGAGGAGGAGGGAGAAAAGGAGGAAGAGGGAGGAGGGGAGGGGGGAAAGGAGACAGAGACGACUGUUGUUACAGAAGAAGAGAAGCCUCUGCCAGCAUCAGACACAUCAGACGGUCAUAAUGUUCCCGUGGCAACUGAGGAGAUCACACUCCUCCAGACUCCACCCAUUCCCUCUUCCUCUGCUGAGACGACAGUAAUAGAAGAAGCCACACCUCCAGUGACAUCUGUAGAACCCCUCCCACCUCUUGAGACCACACCCCCUUCUGCUGUAGUUGAGGAAGCUCCACCCACUACUCCGCCCACUGCUGUACCAGAGGGCGAGGGAGACAAGCAGGUGGAUGAUGAGGAGGGAGAAACCUCAGAGGAGGAGGAGGAGGAAGAAGAAGAAGAGGGAGAAGAGGAGGAGGAGGAGGAGGGAGAGGAGGAGGAGGAGGGAGAGGGAGAAGAAGAGGAAGAGGAGGAGGAAGAGGAGAAAGAAAAGGAGGAUGAGACUAAACAAACACAAGAGCCUGUCCUACCUGAAGAGCCUCAACAGAAAGCUCCGUCCCCUCCUCCUCACCCCUCACCUCCUCCUCAGUCGAGCAAAACACCGAAGAAAACAGAAGGAGAAGGUGAUGGGUUGUUCAGUGAUGAUGAAGACAGUACUGACCUUUUCGUGACCCCUGGUCGACCUCCUGACAUGGCUCCGCCCACUUCCUCUGCGAAGAAAACGAUGACCAAAGCAGAGAAAGAUGCUCUGAGUGCUGAGGUGUUUGGAGGGAACAGCUCGGUGUUCUCUCAAUCUGAUAACCUCUUCUCUACUCCUGCCUCUUCCACUGACGACCCUGCGGCGAGUGAGGUGAUAGCAGAGACGUCGUCCAAACCUCCUCCCAAUCCUCUGUUUGGCAGUGACGAAGAAGACGACCUCGACUGGCUCAAGUGACCUUUGCUUCUCUCUCUCUCUCUCUCCCUCUCUCUUCUCUCCAGACAGCCCCUAGUUUUUGUGGUGUAGCUCUCACUGUGUGUGUGUGUGUGUGUGUGUUGACAGAGGAUCUUUUCUGCAUCAAUUGUGUUCUCUUUUUCCAAAGAUAUAAUAAUAUUAUAACGAG